GUACAAAUUGGUGAUAGUAAAGUAUUAUACUCUAUAUAUAUUUAUAUUCCUCUACCUCAACUCUCAAGCGACUAGUGUCCACUGUUUUAUUUCGAGAUCGAGACAACGUUACAAACAUAGAACUAUUAUAAGUGUAUCGUAUCGGCCGUCCGGGUUUUUCAACGAUAAUAGACUAGCCGCCGGGUUUUAAACUGUAAUUAGGUAUAUUUUUUUUUUAAGAUUUGACAUACUUUUUUGUUUUCACAUAAUUUCAUUUAGUUCAGUGAUUUUGUUUAAUAUUAAUACUAAGUAAUAUAAUAUACUUUACUAUAGAUUUAGAUUAAAAAAAUAAUUAGGUUACGUUGAAUACUCGAAAAACAGCCAGGUAUUUUUAGUUCUUCAGUAUCAACAUAGUAUCGACAAAUUAAUAUGGCAAUUCAACUUGAUACGGUUAAAUCAGCCAUUAAAGAUUCAUUGCAUGAUGAGUCUAAGCCUUGGUGUAAAUUUUUCAGUUGGGCUGAAGCACAAACAGGAAUCAGUAGAUUGAAUUUAUUUAUUGGUUUGUCGGUGUUUCUUGUACUCUACUUAAUAAUUGGAUAUGGGACUUUAUUGUUAAGUAAUUUGAUUGGCUUCUUAUAUCCUGCAUACGCGUCAAUUAAAGCAGUUGAAUCUAGUGGAAAAGAUGAUGACACAAAAUGGUUGACAUACUGGGUAGUAUUUUCAUUUAUUACUCUUAUUGAAUUCCCAGCUGCGAUUUUACUAAAUUGGAUACCAUUUUAUUCUUUAAUCAAAACAAUCUUUUUUGUGUGGUGUUUUAUUCCAAUUAGCAAUAAUGGUUCUGUGGUUGUAUAUAAUAGAUUUAUACGUCCAAACUUUCUAAAACAUCAAGGAGAUAUUGAUCAAGCAGUUAACGAUCUUACUAAAAAGGCUACUGAAGCAGCAUUUGAGAAACUAGUUACUGAAAAAAUCAAUUAAAUAAAAUAAUUAGUCUUGGGGUUAAAUUUGUCGAACAUAAAGAUUUUCAUCAAUAAAAUUGAAAAGGGUACAAACCAGAAUUAAAUUUAUUUUAGAAGUAAUUUUAUUUUCAGUCUUUUAUCAUCAGUUAUAUAUUAAAAUCUACAACAACAACAACAACUGUUAAAACCAUCAGUAACAAGUGUAUCAUAAUAUAUUUUUUAAAUUUCAUCUAAUUUUAUAUUACUGUAAAAUAUAAUUUCAUAAGUGUUAAUAAAAUAUUUUUAAACCUUU